AUGCCGGAGCUGACUGCGAAGGGCCCCGCUACUUCUAAAAAGGGGUUUAAAAAAGCUGUAACUAAGACGCAGAAGAAGGAAGGGAAAAAACGCAAGAAGUCCCGCAAGGAGAGUUAUUCAAUUUACAUCUAUAAGGUGUUGAAGCAGGUGCAUCCUGACACGGGCAUCUCGGCCAAGGCUAUGAGCAUCAUGAAUUCUUUUGUCAACGACAUCUUCGAACGCCUUGCAGCCGAGGCGUCGCGCCUGGCGCACUACAACAAGCGCUCGACCAUCACGUCCUGGGAUAUCCAGACGGCCGUGCGCCUGAUGCUGCCGGGGGAGCUGGCCAAGCACGCCGUGUCCGAGGGCACCAAGGCCGUUACCAAGUACACCACUUCCAAGUAAAUUUAUCCAUCAGUUGAGCUUUAACCCAAAGGCUCUUUUAAGAGCCACUUAACAUUUUUUAGAGGGCUCUAGGUCUUUAAUGGGUUAGUCUAUGUGGAUGUACAUUGUCACUCCUGCCAGAUUAACCAGUAAGUAUAUCACUCGUUUUCAAAUUCAUUUUAACGUUUACAUUCAAGCAAAAUAGGUGAUUUAACCAUAUUUCAACUCUGAACAAGUAAUCCAGUGUGACUCAGUUAUAAUCAUUUACUGUCAAAAGUACUUACAGGAGGUUUUAUUUAGUAAGUUUACAAAUGAGUUGGGUAAAUAUUGGAAGCACGGUUGUUGGUACAAUGAUUAGUGUCUGCCUAGAAGUCUACUGAUGUGGCUCCGCCCGUCUGCCUUCCCACUGGCAGUGAGUUCUGUUCCUUUAUAGCCUCACCAACAUUUGGUCACAUUUUGGAACUCAGCAUUCCUGAAAGAUGCAUGAAACUGUUUUACUUUA